UUUAAAAUACUGCAUAUUCACUUCCCAAGUUGUUAUCUUAAAUCUGGGUUUUUCUUAUUUACCCUGUUUGUGUGUUGAAAAUCAUUGCUUUGUUGUCAAAGUUUGACUUUUUCUCUAUUUUUAAUCAGAAUUCUUGAAAUUUUCAUUUUUUUUGAAUCGUUUGAAUCGUGCUUAGUAAGCCCUUUAAAUUGUAAUCACCAGUGGCAAGCCUUUGUCUAUUUUUUAUUCACUUGUUUUCUGACAAAGUUGCCUGUAAGUGGGCUCUUUCAGCUCAAUUUUGCCUGUUGUGUCCUAUUUUUGACUUUCUGGUUUGGUUCUUGUUUGAUCCUGGUAUGUCUCCGACGGUUGCUUGAUCUCAUGUUUCGAUUUCUUUUUCAGUAAUUCUCCUGAAGCCGGUUUUCGAGUUUGCCUUGUCCUGUAAGUCAACCGGAACUUCGAUCAUUAACUGGUUCGGACUUUUGGGUGUAUAGAACUCGUUUUAAAGCCGUUUCGUCCUCGUUUAAGUUUGAUUACAACCAUCGAUGAUACUGCAAAAGAACGUGGGAAGUCCUUCCCCGUUCCUUCUUAUUGCAUUAGCUCUCGGGUUUUCCUUCGCCACUUACAAUCUGGUAACAAUGGUAAUGCACAAUAGAUCUCUUUUGGAACGGAUAGUUGGCGACUCCAAUGGUGGGAUAUUUUUUGAUCCGGUCAUCGAGAUGCCCGAGAGUGUAAAGAAAUCGAAGAGUGCCAAACUGCCUUUUCAUGUUGCCUUAACAGCUACUGAUGCUCCAUACAGCAAGUGGCAGUGUCGGAUCAUGUACUAUUGGUAUAAGAAGCAGAAGGACUUGCCCAGGUCGGAGAUGGAAGGGUUCAACCGUAUUCUACACUCCGGGAGUCCUGACAACUUGAUGGAUGAGAUUCCUACCGUUGUAGUUGAUCCUCUUCCGGUAGGGCUCAGUCGGGGAUACAUCGUCUUGAAUCGACCCUGGGCCUUUGUGCAAUGGCUUGAAAAGGCUACAAUCGAAGAAGAGUGAGUGCUUGCUUUUACAUGUCAUGAUUUUGUUAUCCAUUUCAUGGUACCUUGUCCGGCUUUACUUAUGUUACUCGGAUUCGAGUGUGAGUGCAUUUUGUCUCUGUGAGUUUUCCCAUGUAUUUGGUGCUCGUCGGAAGUUAAUGUCUCCGUAUCUAUGUGUCGGACAUCAGUACUUUGAGAAAAACGAAAG